AUGUCCCAUUCGGAAACUCCGCGUGGAAACGUUUCGGGAGUAUCUCGCCGGAAUAUUUUGGAUGCUCUAACGGGGAGCAGCAGCAAAAAUCUACUGCAGUCGGUUGCCGAUCAGAAAACGGCGAAGAAGAAGAAAGAAGAGAAUAUCAUCAUGGAGAAAAAUCUGGAAGUGCUAUACGAUCGGCGCGAUAUGCUGGUUGACAAGCUGUUGCGGAUGAACGAGACGCUGCGGGCAGAGAAUGUCAACAUUCAUUUGCUCCAGCUCCAGUUGGAAACACUUCGUAGGUGUGCUGACGACUACGAGAGGAUAAAUGCGGAUAUUUGUGCCAUGCUUCCUAGGGAUGAACGUGCUGAGCAACGGAUAGAGUACGCUACUUUCGAGGAGCUGCACAAUCAGCUGUAUAUUUGUCUAAACACGAAGAUCGAUGCAGUUUCCUCAGCGACAAGCCAAAACCAGGUUGCUGUACCGCAACCGCCGGUGUACGUGCAACAGCAAGUGCCGCAACUACAUGCACCAUUUCCCACUUUCGACGGGAAUCCAGAAAAUUGGUAUAGCUUCAAGAGCCUGUUUUCCAGUAUCAUGGCUAGGUAUGCGAACGAAACUCCGGCGAUGAAGAUUCUGCAUCUGCGAAACUGCUUGACUGGUGAGGCGAAGGACAAGAUUGACCAGGAUGUUGUAAACAACAACGAUUACGACAUGGCCUGGAAAAUCCUCAAAGAUGCGUACGAGGAUAAAAGGUUGAUUAUGGACACGCAUAUCGAUGCUAUUCUCGACUUUCAGAAGAUCGGUAAGGAAAAUCGCGGUAAGUCAAUCUCGAAGCUGGUCGAAGUUUGUGCUAAGCAUGCUGAUGCAUUGAAGGGCCAUGGUUACGUCGUGGAAGGAUUAUCCGAGCUGAUCAUCGUAAACGUUCUGUAUAAGAAGCUGGACAGAGAGACUCAAGAACAUUGGGAGUUGAAACUGGGCACCGGCAAGACGCCAGUAUUCAAGGAGUUCAUGGAUUUUCUGAGGGAAAUGGGACGCGUUCUGCAGCGGACUAAUCGCUCACAGCAGCAAACGUCACAGCAGUCAACCGUCCUAAACAAGCAACGCCAAGCGUUGAACCAGAAGCAGUCAGCUCCAGUUUCGUCGAGAUCGUUCGUCCAGACCACCAAGGAGAACUGCCCUUGCUGCAGAGAAGAGCAUACUAUAUACAAGUGCACGAAGUUCCAGGAGCUUAGUGUGGGGGAGCGCAAAUCCAUCGUCACGAGGGCGAAUUUGUGCUUCAAUUGCUUGAAGUCCAAGCACCGAGUUGCUGACUGUCCGUCCGAACAAGGAUGCAAAAUCCGAGGGUGCGGUCGGAAGCACCACAGCUUGCUUCAUCCCAGCGAUGUACAGAAAGAAUCCAGCGAACCUGAAAAGCCGCCACCAAAGCCGGUGGAGCAACCGGAGUCGUCAGGAAACAGUCCACAGAAAGAAAUAGGAACCACGUUGUGCACUCACAGCGGUACGGUUAAGCGACACGUGCUUUUGUCUACAGCGGAGGUGUUGGUGGUGGGAAAAGGAGGUACCACUAUCAAAUCUCGAGCGCUAUUGGAUUCAGGGUCCGAUAGUAACAUUGUAACGGAAAAGCUAGCAUCCAAGCUAAAUCUGAAGCUGCAUCAAGUCGAUCUGCCUAUCAGUGGCCUCAACGAUAUCCAGACACGAGUUAAGUAUAUCGUUAGCACGAACAUCGUUUCGCUUGUUAAUUCUUUUUCCUCGUCCAUUCUAGACUUCCUGGUCGUACCGAAGGUGACAUCCAACCUACCAGUGACUGAAGUGGAUUACCGAUCUUGGCUGCUACCAGCAAACGUCAAGCUAGCUGACCCAUCGUUCCACACCCCCGGUGAGAUUGACCUAAUCAUCGGCAACGAGAUCUUCUUCGAUCUGAUCCAGCAAGGUCGUCUAAAACUGGGUAAAAACGAAGCGACAUUGACAGAGACGGAAUUAGGAUGGGUCGUAGGAGGAUCAGUAUAG